AUGGAACGCAUAGAGAGCCCAUCCAGCUCUCUAGACAAGGAGGUGGUGCUGGAGAAGCAGGUUACUCAGACCUGUGAAGAGCCGCCCGAUGGCAGCCUGAGGGGCUGGCUCCAGGUGCUCGGUGCUCAUCUGCUUGUCUUGAAUGGGUGGGGCUAUAUGACGUCCUUUGGUAUCUUCCAGCCCUACUACGUGAAUAACCUACAGCACUCCCCCUCAGAUAUUGCAUGGAUUGGAUCCCUUGAGAUCUUUUUCCUCUUUGGCAUGUCGAUCAUCACUGGUCGAGCAUCAGAUGCAGGGUAUGCGCGCCACCUGAUCGUAUUGGGGGUGUGUCUGCAGAUGGUGGGCGUGUUUACAACGUCUGUGUGCAAAGAGUACUGGCAGGUUCUGCUUGCCCAAGGUGUAUGCCAGGGUAUUGGCAAUGGAUUUGCGUUUGCGCCGGCCGUCUCAGUCGUGUCAUCCUACUUUAAAAAGAACCGGGUGGUGGCAAUGUGUUUGAUGUCCUGUGGCACAUCGACGGGUGGCCUGAUCUUUCCCGCUAUUGCCGAAACGCUCCUCCCCUCAAUUGGCUUCGGGUGGACGGUGCGUGUGAUGGGCUUUGUCAUGCUUUUUAAUGGCGUGGUUGCGAUCAUCUUGAUCCGUCCCUACGUCCCGCCACGGCGUGGGCCUAUACUGGAGUUGUCCACAUUCAAGGAGCCUACUUUUUCCCUGUUUACACUGGGCUGCUUCUUUGCCUUUUGGGGCAACUUUGUGGCCUUCUUUUUCGUGCGUACCUUUGCGCAGGAAAAGUUCCAGGCCGACGACUCGACGACGUUCAACCUCAUGCUUGUAAUGAACGGCAUUGGCUUCCCCGGUCGCAUCAUACCCGCUAUCAUCGCCGACCGCAUAGGCCCCAUCAACUCGAUCAUCCCUGUCAUGGUGAUCUUGGGUAUCCUCACGGGCUGCUGGAUGGCUGUGAAAAGUAUGUCGGGCAUGUGGGCGUUUGUCGUGUUCUACGGUUUGUUUUCUGCGGCCAUGAUGGGCCUGGCGCCCGCCUCUGUGCCGAGCCUAUCGCCGCAUGUCAGCAAGAAUGGCAUGCAUAUAGGCCUCUUCUUCUCUGUCGCUAGUCUUGCGGGACUCAGCGGCACCCCCAUUGCGGGCCGCCUCAUUACCAUCCAAGAUGGCAAGUUCACCGGGGCACAGGCGUUUGGAUGUGUCUCGUUCCUGGUGGGCGCCGUGUUCGUCAUUGCGGCGAGAUAUAUGAAGGGAAAAUUCGAGUUGAAACGGUUGUAA